AUGCGAAUUGUCGUUGGGCCGAAGAAACGAGUGUUUGACAAGGUCCUCAAGCACGACGACGUUGUAGUUGUGCCCGACUUUUUCUGUGCUGAGGACGACUGGAGUAUCUAUUACAAGUUGAUCGAAGAGAUGCGGUCAAUUCAAUCGAAAGGACAGUCCAAGUCGGAAUGGAUUCCAUGGGCUGAAGGUUGUCAUUUGAUUUCGCAAAACCCCACAGGAUGUCCAACCUACGAAGAUGUGCUCAAACGGACUGGCGAAUACUUCAACAUGAAGCAAGGCUCCCAAGGCACGCGUUUCAACUGGUACCGCGACAGUUCCAACUGGAAGCCAUUCCAUCACGACAGUGCCGCGUACAACCCCCACCGUGCCCGCAAUCAGAAUAUCACAGUGGGUGUAUCGUUUGGGUCGGAACGCGAGUUGUCGUUUUUGCACGCGAAGAACGGAUCCCGUGUCUACUUUCCCCAGACGAACGGCAUGUUGUUUGCGUUUGGGCGCGAUGUCAACAUCAACUGGAAGCAUGGGGUAAAUGCGUUGCCCGAAGACAAAUUUUGCGGCAAAGGAAGAAUCUCCAUCAUUCUCUGGGGCCUCGCGCAAGACGUCGUCGAAGAGCUAGACAGUCCUCCGUUGCUCACCAACGACGCGCGAAAUGGCUUCGACAACACCAAGAGCGAUCAACCCUGUCGCGAGUUUGACGACAAAGGAACCUGUCGUUUUGGUGAUCGAUGUCGCUUUGCCCACAAGUCGUCCAAGAGUGGUGGUGGCCGUAGAUAG